ACAUGACCGCAGAGUCACACAUACACACACACACCAAACCUUGAGAGUUUUUUUGUCGCCUCUCAUAUGGAAUCCAUUGUGGGGGCGACACAAACAAAAAUAUCUUCUUCUCUUCUUGAUAUUUUAUCAUAAGAUUGUUUUAGCUCCCCCAUCUAUAUAGAAAAAAAGGAUUAAAAACUCUUACAUUUGUUUGAUCUUGAAAUACUUUGAUUUCAGAAGGGAGAAGAAGAAAGAUGGGAGGAAUGAAAGAUGAGGCGAAAAGGAUAACCAUUCCUCCAUUGUUCCCAAGGGUUCAUCUGAAUGAUACUGGAAGAGAUGGCAAAAAAUCAAUGUCUCUCCGUAAACGUUCCAGUCUCCCUUCUCCUACCAACAAGAUCUCUGAUUCUUCUUCCACUCUCUCUCUGUCUCUUCCUCCUCCAGCCAACAACGCCUGUAUAACCGAUCCACCUGAAACGAAUCACUUGUCCCCAAUGUGCAACACUUCUCCAACAUCAAAGAUUGAAGAGAAGCUGAAUAAAAACGGCAUGAUUUAUCCAACUCACUUGUAUAAUAGAAGAAGAGCUCUUGAUGGAUCCAACGUUGAAACUCAAAAGAAGUCCAAAACUGUGCCUCAGCUUGAACAAGAUGUCUCAGACUGUUCUGCAAUAGACUCCUUGUCUUGUAUGAGUGCAUCUUCUAAUGAUGCUGCAAAAGUGAUUGGUGGUGAGAAGAGGUUUUGGAAGAUGAGAACUUACAUGAUCAAUCAGCAGAAGAUCUUUGCGGCUCAAGUCUUUGAGUUGCAUAGACUCAUAAUGGUUCAAAAGAUGGUUGCUAAGUCACCAAACUUAGUCCUAGAAAGUAAGUUUAAUGGUGGUAAACGUGGCACAAUGAGGUCAUCCCAUACCCAUCUUCUGGAAACGGCUGCUUCAAUGGUUAAAAAAACAAUCACCGAGAAGCACAAACAUGUAACCGAAGAAUAUCCAGAGCAUAUGAAACCUAAGCUUUUUCUACCUUCCAUAAACAAAGACCUCUUGACCCCAAUGUGGCCACAACAGCUACUACCUCCUCCUGGAAACCAAUGGUUAGUUCCUGUAAUGUCUCCUUCAGAAGGUCUGGUCUAUAAACCAUACACAGGACCAUGUCCUCCUCCUUCUUCAGCUUUCAUGGUUCCAUUCUGUGGACAAGAUUCGCUCAACGCAACAUUCAGGUUCCCUGUUUCUACUCAGCUUAGCAACAACUACUCCCUUUCCCCUAACGCGAGGACAAACCCGUUUGGUCAGCUUCAAGGAUGGUCCAACACAUCAAGCCACAUGACUCAAGCGAUUCCAUUUUCCUUAAAGAAGUCUCAGGAGUCUAAUGACAGUGAUGUACAUGGAAGCACAGCUUCAAGUCCACCAGAGAAGCAUAAACUUGAUGUUCUUCCUCUUUUCCCUACAGAGCCUAAUCACCACACUGAUGAGUACCAGCAUAAACAGCAACCGAUGGGCCGUGCCAUUAAAGCCAUUCCUCAUAAUUCAACAUCUGCCUCUGAGUCUGCUGCAAGAAUUUUCCGGUUCAUUCAGGAAGAAAGGAGGGACUCAGAUCAUAUGAUUAGUUGAGUUUAGUUUACUUUCAACAUUCUUUUGCUCUCUAUAAUUGCUUCUUUAUCUAGUUUAGGUUUUUAAGUACAUUCUAUUUACAUAUGAAGAUGUAAAUCAGUACUGUCACUAUACAUAAAAACAUACACACACAUGUUAUAUUGAUAUUGUAUUUUGACAAACAGCAAAUAAAAGACGGAUUGUUUUUGUUCCAUUAAAAUAUCAUUCUAGUU